UAUAUUCAUCUUCUCCCUCUUUCCUCUGCAUCCGUGCUUCUUCUUUCAUCACUCUCACUUCUUCUUUCGCUCUCUGUUUCAAAAAUGGAGAAGCAAGAAUUUACCAGGUGGAAGCAGCAUUCUCCCUUCGUCUGGGUUCUGGUUGCUGCAUUGCUCUCCCACAACCUUCUUCUUCCUGCUUUCUGCAUUCGUCUUGAUGACCAGAAGAACUAUUAUUACUCCCCAGACCCUCAUCAUUCAGGAGGGUCACACGGAAGUACUCCACCGUCAACUCCGUCAGACGGCGGUAGCUACGGAGGAACCCCACCGUCAACUCCGUCAGACGGCGGUAGCUACGGAGGAACUCCACCGUCCGACGGAGGAACACCGCCGUCAAGACCAUCUCAUGGAACACCUUCACAUGGCUACACUCCGUCACCGUCAAAAACACCACCUGGUGGAAACUGUCCUACCCCACCAUAUCACAGACCUCCCCCAACUACCCCAACGCCGGUAACCCCUACCCCAGUUACUCCAACGCCGGUAACCCCUACCCCAGUUACCCCAACGCCGUCAAAUCCUCCUCCAGACGGCGGAUACUCUCCCGCCCCUCCCACCACGCCAGACCCACCAUUCUCACCAACAGAUCCCGGCACUCCAACCACUCCAACCACUCCUACUACUCCCCCAUUCAACCCUGCACCAUACCCACCAAUUACUGGUACAUGCAACUACUGGAGGAAUAACCCAGGACUUAUAUGGGGUAUACUGGGAUGGUGGGGGACACUAGGGAGUGCAUUUGGAGUGACCAGCUUUCCAGGGGUUGGAACCAACCUGAACCUGCUCCAAGCUCUUUCCAACACCCGGACUGAUGGGCUCGGUGCGCUUUACCGAGAAGGAACAGCUUCUUGGCUCAACUCACUGGUGAACCAGAGGUUUCCUUUCACCACCGCACAGGUCAGGCAGAACUUCGUGGCUGCACUGGGUUCUAACAAGGCUGCAACGGCUCAGGCCAGACUCUUCAGGCUUGCUAAUGAAGGUCACUUAAAGCCAAGAGCUUGAAAGGAACGAUACAUGGAAAGUGUUUAAUUAAUUAUUUUUAUUUUUCUAGCGGAUGGAUGGAGUUUGUGCUUUGCCGCAUGGUUAGGGUUUGAGUGUUUAAUUAAUUAUUAUAGUAUCUCGAGACAUAUAUAUAUAUAUAUAUAUGUAAUGGAUAC